AUGAGCAGCAGCAGCAGCUGCAGCAGCAGCAGCGGUUCUGCUGCUACUGUGCUUCAGCAGGAGGACCCUCAGCAGCAGCAGCAGCAGCAGCAGAGGGAGCUAUGUCUGUUGCUCAGCGCAGCAGCAGCACCUACGGCUGCUGCUGCAACGGUGCCUGCUGCAGCUGGUGGGGCCGCUGCAGCAGCAGGUGAUGAGUCGCCUGCUGCUGCUGCUGCUGCUGCUGCUCCAGCUGCUCAGCCGCCACUUUCUGCAGCAGAACCAGACGUUAGUGCUCCCGAUGCUGCAGCAGCUGCUUCAGCCCUUGCUGCUUCCAGUGGAGGCCGUGCUGCAGAUGCUGCUGCCCGUGCUGCAGCAGCAGCAGCUGCUGCUGCUGCUCCGCUUGGUGGCUCUGGUGGCAGUGAAGCUGCUGCUACGCAGCGGCGUGAGCUCUCUUCGUCCGCUGCUGUGCAGCAGCAGCAGGCAGCCGACCAAGCAGCAGCAGCAACAGCAGCAGCAGCAGCCGCGACAGCAGCAGAAGUGACGGGGAGAUGGGCAGUAGGAGCAGCUGCUGCACCGACCGCUGCGAGCAGCAGCGACAGCAACAAUAUCAGCAGCAGCAGCACCGCCAACAACAGCAGCAGCAGCAGCAGCAGUAGCAGCAGCAGCAGCAGCAGCAGCAGCAGCAGCAGUAGCAGCAGCAGCAGCAGCAGCAGCAGCGAUCCUGUGUUUGUGGGGGACCGCUGCUUCUUUCUUUUGUCUCCUAAUGGAGUUGUCUCUUCUGUUGCAGGCAUAGAGAAUUUGCCGGCGCCUCCCGCCUAUCCCGUAAACCCUAAACCCUAA